AAACGCUAGUAGAGAGAAAAUGGUAGAGACACAAAGAUCGGGGGUAACACAAGGGAUUCGGUGAAUGGGAUUAGACGGCGUUUUAAAAUGGUGGGAGACGAACUUUGAAAUAAGAUUCGAGGCAAAUUCAGCACAUAACUGUAUCAUGAGCAACAAAAACGACAGACAAAGGAAUAUAUUACAUUGCUGCUUAUUGCGUCACAGUUUUUUGGACAAGGGGAUGUGGAAGGACGUUUUUGAUGUUUCAGAAUGGACGAAGCUUUUAGACAAUCCAUUUCAGAAUAUAUGCAACAAGCCAGUUUUUUUUCCCCCUCUCGCUCUCUUCCUCUCUUAGUAGGGUAGCAUUGCAUGUCUUAGGAAGACCCGGUGAAUAGUAAUGAACUAAGCUUGUGUGUCUAUUUGACAGAGCAGAAGAAUGGGGGAGAGAGGUGGGGGCUGUGCAGCAUGUGUGUGUGUUACAAGGAGAGCUGUGAGAAUAUAGCAGAGGGAUGCAGAGGAGAAUGGAGACAGCCUUCCCAUUCCUCCACUCCUCCCCUCUCACUUCUGCUUUUCCCUGUCAGAGGGAAAGGAGUUCUGAAGAUGUACUACUGAAUUCUUAUGUAAUCUCGUUUCGUUUUUUUUUUUUUUUUUUUUUUUGUCCUCUUUCCCCUCAGUUUCUUGACAGGGGUCUGCCGGGCUUCUGCGAAAAGAGGCAUUGAGAGGAGAAGAGUUGUGAAGAUACUGAAUUCUUUGUGAAUUGUAUUUAUUUAUUUUGUCUCCUUUCCACUAGUUUCUCAGCGAAAAUAUGCUGGAUGUUUUUUUCUGUAAAAAGAGAUAUUUCAGAGACAAAAUAAGGGAAAAAAAAAGAGUGAAUUCUCCUCAGAGAGGCAGAACACCUGCAUGCACAGUGUUAUGUGUUCCUCUAUCCACCUAAAGGGGCACAAGAAAGGAAAGGAUACAUGGAAAGAAACAAUAAAAUAGAAUUUCUUGGUCUCUUUUUUCUCACUUCAUACGCAGUUGGUUGCCCGUUCCCACAUCCUCAGUCUGUUGACAUGUCUCUGAAGAAACGGCGGGAAAACAUCCAACUUGUGACGUGAGGACGUGGACGUCAUGUCAGCGCGCCGAUUUUAAAAUACUAUCCAGGCCGAGAAAGAAGAGGCAGCAGACAUGGUAGACCUGGACUCACUGACUGAUGAUCAGCUGAAAGCCAAACUUCUCCAGUAUGGGGUUAAAGCAGGACCCAUCGUAGCUUCCACUAGAGUUUUAUAUGAAAAGAAGCUGAGAAGGCUGCUGGACUCUUCAGCACAGACAUCACAGCUCAGGGUCAACGGCACAGGGGACGCAGGCCUCUAUUCGGACAGUGAGGAAGAGGCUGAGAGGGAGGAAGAUGAGGAGAAGGACUCCGAGUCAGAGCAGCUUCGGUCUAAAACGGUGUCCCGUACAGAGAACAGCGAAACGGCAAGCAAAGUGGGCAUGUUCAGUCAGAGCAGAGAUUUUUACCCCCGCUGCUUUAUGCCCUCAUCUGGAUUCUUAAAUGGAAAGAUUCAGCACAAAUCUUCUUUAGACUCCUCCCAGAAUGGGUCUUUGGGUCAAAGUAGGUCCCAGUACACAACCUUCAGCAUCACUCAGAUGGUGGAAGAGAUUGAGAACAGAUUUAGUCCUCAGUCAAAGCAAACCGAGAUUGAGAGGGGAUUUGGUCAGAGAACCGAGCAGACGGUGGACAGCAGGGCCCUGCGGGGCUACAUGAGGCUGGAUAAAGACACCAUGACAGGCCGAUCUCUUUGUUUUAUGUCUCCAUCCGCCCAUCAGAAACAAACUAUCACAGAACCUGAGAAAGAUAUUCUUUCAGAGAUGUUCCCUGACACUGCCAAACCCCCCACUGGAAUCUAUGCUACAAAGAGAAGGCCUAUAAAGGGAGCUGCAGGACGCCCAGUGCAAUUUAAAUACCCUGAAAUGCCACCACUGAGUCCAGCUACACUGGAGAGGCAGGAGAUUCAGCAACGUCUAGUGCCUCUGUGGGUUCAGAUUGUGGUUUUUCUUCUGGUGGCCUGCCUGCUAUACCUCAUCUACUCAUCGAUGGAAGAGCCGUUCUCCAAUCCGUUCACUGCUCUGGAUGAUGCCGCUCUCAUAUCCACCUCACAGGACUCAUCCGCCACUGACGCUACAGCUUAACACUGAUGCCAAAGGAGUCAGCUAGAUGUCCGUCAGAUGAUUCUAUUUUAUAAAAUGGUGUCAGAGGAAUGUAUCUGUGAUUGGUUUGAAUGUAACUCGAUGAGAAUACUGUACAUCAUAUUUUCACCCUACCUGCCUUCAAAGACCUCUCAGGAUUUUGAACUUGAACUGAUGGGAUGUGUAGUUGGCUAGUCAUGAGCAUUCAUUGUUUCCUCUGAAUUAUCUUUUACCAUAUAUGUAUUUUAUAACAUUUGAAAUUUGUGCAGUUGUCAGCGUUCAUCCUGAUUCAGCCAACCCAACUCAUGCAAGAACAAUUGCAUUCUUCUUGCAGUAACGAGUCAUGUAUGAUCUCUUUCAGUUUUUAAACAUGUACUUUUGUUUAUUUGUGAGUAAAGAAAUAAAUAUGUUCUCUUAAAGUC